AUGGCGCUCUUCGACCUCUUCGGUGCAUGCUCCCGGCCGGAGCCGCGGGUGGUGCGCACAGCCGCAGACCCACCGGUGCCACCGAAGGAUGCGCUGCAGCUGCUGGCGGAGGGCAACAGGCGCUUCGUGAACGGCGCGCCGCUGGGCGCCCGCACCAAGGACGAGCUGCGGCGGCAGCUGGUCGACGAGGGCCAGGCGCCCCACACGGCCGUCAUCGGGUGCGCGGACAGCCGUGCCCCGCUGGAGACCAUCUUCGACGCUAUGCCCGGCGACAUUUUUGUGCUGCGCAAUGCGGGAAACACAUGUACACAUUCCGAGGGCUCGAUGGUGGGCAGCUUGGAGUUCUGCACGGGCAAGCUGGGUAGCCGCCUGAUCCUGGUCUUGGGCCACUCGAAGUGCGGGGCCGUGUACGGCGCCACCAAGGCGUACCUCAGCGGCGCCCGGGGCAAGGCCUCAGCGCUGGAAGGUCUGCUGCAGGGCUUGGGCUCCGUGGCGCAGCAGGCCGCCGAGGAGCUGGGGGCCGAUGCCAAGGAGGAGGACGUGGCGGCGCGCGCUGUGAAGGUGAACGUCUUCCAGACCAUGGCCUUCCUGUUGCGCUACAGCGAGGCCAUCCGGGAGAGCGUGCGUACUGGGCAGGUCCAGAUCCACGGCGGCAUCUAUCACUUGGAGACGGGAUCCGUGGAAUUCCUGGGGCAGUCGCCCCUGCAAGGCCAGCUGUUGGACUCCACGACGUCCAUCCCCCCGAGCAUGGCCAAUGCGGACGCGGAUGCCCCGAGCCGCGGCGUGCACGGCGUGCGCACCGGCGCCGACGCUGCCGUGUCCAAGGCCGAGGCGCUGAAGUUGCUGAAGGCGGGCAACGAGCGCUUUGCCACCGGCGCGCUGACUUCCACCAACACCUCCGGCUCCAUGCGGAAGGCCUUGGUCAGCUGCGGCCAGGCACCCCACAGCGCCAUCCUGGGCUGCGCCGAUUCCCGUGUGCCCGUUGAUACGGUUUUCGACUCUAUGCCCGGGGAGUUGUUCGUUCUGCGCAAUGCCGGAAACACGUGCACGCAUUCCGAAGGAUCGAUGGUAGGCAGCCUGGAGUUCUGCACGGGCAAGCUGGGCACCCGGCUGAUCCUGGUUUUGGGGCACACGCAAUGCGGCGCCAUCGCGGGAGCCACACAGACCUUCCAAGCCAACGAGUCCAAGGCCCCAGGCUGCGCCUUGGAGGGGCUGCUGCAGGGAUUGGCCUCUGUGGCCAAGACUGCCAGCGAGGAGCUCGGCCCGGGCGCGGCCCCUGAGAAGCUGGUCGCGCAUGCGGUCAAGGUCAAUGUCUUCCAAUCCAUGAACUUCCUUUUGAAGUUCAGCGCGCCCAUUCGGGAGAUGGUGAGCAAAGGGGAGCUGGACAUCCAGGGGGGCAUCUACCACCUGGAGACGGGCCGCGUGGAGUUCCUGGGGCGUUCCCCGCAAGAGAAGGAGCUGUUGGCCUCGUCCGAGUCGCUGCCGCCCUCCAUGGCCGUGGGCGCGGUGCGCACGGCCCAGAACGAGCCCAUGGAACCCAAGAGCGCCCUCAGCCUGCUCAAGGAUGGCAAUAAGCGCUUCGUGGCGGGAGUGCCGGUGGCUGGAAAGGCGGAUCGCAGCAUGCGGCUGGCACUUGCCAGCGGCCAAGCACCCCACACGGCGCUGGUGGGCUGCGCAGACUCGCGGGUGCCCCUGGAGACGGUCUUCGAUGCUCUGGCCGGCGACCUCUUCGUGCUCCGAAACGCCGGCAACACUUGCACCCAUGCGGAGGGCAGCAUCCUGGGCAGCUUGGAAUUCUGUACGGGCCCCCUGAAAACACGGCUGAUUUUUGUUUUGGGCCAUACGAACUGCGGAGCCAUCAAGGGUGCCACGGCAGCGUUCCUGGCAAAGCAGCAGAAGGCCUCCCACGCGCUGGACGCCCUGCUGCAAGGCCUUGGCACUGUGGCAGAGGCGGCGUCCAAGGAGCUGGGGAAGAAGGCCACGGAGGAGGAGAUCGCCAAGCACGCCGUGAAGCUGAACGUGUUCCACACCAUCGACUUCAUGCUCCAAUUCAGCGAGCCGAUCCGGGAGAAGGUGCGCAGCGGAGCGCUGGAGAUCCAGGGGGGCGUCUACGACCUGCACACGGGUCGCGUCGAGUUCCUGGGGCGCAGCCCCAGGCAAUCCAAGCUGGUGAAGGCCCCGGGUGCAGUGGCGCCGUCUCUCAAGAGCAAGCUGGCCGGGGCCUAG